AUUUCACAAUAGUCUUGUAGGGGUUUUCUUCGGACGAUCAAAGCUCAAACGGGUGCACAGUCAUAGAGGUCAGUGGGUGCACAGGGUGCACACACAUACUCAAUUGGUCGUUUAGUAGCGCUCCCGUGCCUAACAUCGCUUUCGGUAUCAUCCCAUUCAAUCCCUUUCUCGGCGUUUCGGGAUGCUGAUGUAACGUCAGCCGAUACUUCGCGGCGCCCCUGAACUCGAAACGAGUGUUUUACGACGUUCGUAGCUCUCUGUCAGCGACUUGAAAACGCCGGCGAGAUGCCGCUGAAGCUGACCUGCAACGUGGGCGAGCCCCCGGUGGGAGCCCUGCUCACCGCCGAGCACCUCAAGCCCGGACUCUGUGUCAACGUGGACUGGGCUACGAGCACAUGUCUCCAAGUAGAUGGCGGAAAGUCCUUUAGUUCGUCGCCGCUCAUCUCCCGCUACCUGGCACGCCUGUGCCCCGACGAGCAGUUGUAUGGUAGCAGCGCCCUGGAGCACACCGAAGUCGACCACUGGAUCGAGUUUGCGGUGGGCAGGCUGUCCCAGAGCGACGAGCUACCACGGGCGGUGCAAAGUCUGGACCGGGCUCUCGGCUCAUCAUCUUACCUUGUGGGACAGCGGGCGACCAUCGCCGACUUUACCGUUUGGGGUGCUUUGUUCGUGAGCCCCGCCUGGCAGGGUCUGCUCUCGGCCAAGAAGGCGCCGCAGAACGUGUCCCGUUGGUACAACCUCCUCCUGUCACAGCCCAAGGUCGAGAGCGUGCUGUCAGCUCUUCCGCCCCAAACGAGGCGCGAGACGCCAAAUCAGAUGAGCAAAGAAGCGGCCAGUAAGGUCAGUAAGGAAGAAGGCAAGUUCGUGGACCUGCCCGGGGCCGAGGUCGGCAAGGUGGUGGUCCGGUUUCCGCCCGAGGCAAGCGGCUACCUCCACGUGGGGCACGCCAAGGCAGCGUUGCUCAACCAGUACUACCAGGAGGCGUUCAAGGGCAAGCUCAUCAUGAGGUUCGACGACACAAACCCCGAGAAGGAGAAGGAGGACUUCGAGAAAGUGAUCCUUGACGACGUCAAGAAGCUGGAGAUCACCCCAGACCGAUACACUUUCACGUCAGACUACUUCGAGCUGUUGCUCCAGAAGUGCGAGGAGCUGCUCCGGAAGGGGCUGGCCUAUGUGGACGACACAGACCCGGAGACGAUGAAGGCGGAGCGCGAGCAGCGCCAGGACUCCAAAAAUAGGGGCAACUCGGUCGAGAAGAACCUCCAGCUCUGGGAGCAAAUGAAGAAGGGCACCGAGCACGGCCUCAAGUGCUGUGUCAGGGCCAAGAUUGACAUGAAGUCCAACAAUGGGUGCAUGCGGGACCCCGCCCUGUACCGCUGCAAGAUCAUGUCCCAUCCCCGGACAGGCGACAAGUACAAGGUGUACCCCACGUACGACUUCGCCUGCCCAAUCGUCGACAGCAUUGAAGGCGUUACCCACGCCCUCAGGACCACCGAGUACCACGACCGGGACGAGCAGUUUUUCUGGGUCCUGGACAGCCUCGGCAUGAGGAAGCCCCAUAUCUAUGAAUACUCAAGGCUCAACAUGAUGAACACCGUCCUCUCGAAGCGGAAGCUGACCUGGUUUGUGGAGAACAAGAUCGUGGAUGGAUGGGAUGACCCGCGCAUGCCCACUGUCCGUGGCGUGCUCCGCAGGGGCAUGACAGUGGAGGGACUCAAGCAGUUCAUUGUUGCCCAGGGCUCUUCAAGGUCUGUUGUCAUGAUGGACUGGGACAAGAUCUGGGCGUUCAACAAGAAGGUAAUCGAACCUGUCGCUCCCAGGCACACGACUGUGGAGAAGGAAAACGCCGUUGUGGUCGAGGCCCCAGGCUUGAAGGAAGGGAAACUCGAGGUGGCCGUCCAUCCGAAAAACACUAGCCUAGGAACUCGAGAUCUGGUAGUUGCUCCGCAGCUUUUGGUGGACCAGUCAGACGCUCGGGCCAUGAAGGCCGGAGAAAACGUCACUUUCAUUGGCCUGGGCAACCUGAAAAUCAAGGAUGUCUCUCGAGGUGCAGACGGAAAGGUCACCAAGAUCGUGGCUGAACCAAACCUUGACGACAAGAAUUAUAAGAACACUCUUAAAGUUACUUGGCUCGCCGUCAGUCCCUCCGCACCCCUUGUACCUUGCACUUGCGUCUUCUUUGACCACAUACUUUCAAAGCAAGUGCUCGGGAAGGAUGAUGACUUCAAGGACUUUGUGCGGAAGGAGACCCGCGUGGAAGUGCCCAUGCUGGGCGACCCACUACUUAAAAAUUUGAAGAAGUCUGAUAUUAUACAGAUUCAAAGGAAAGGCUUCUUCAUCUGUGACCAGCCAUACGAUCAAAGUGCAGCACGACAUAUUAGUCAGGAAGGACCCCUUGUCCUCUACCACAUUCCAGAUGGAACACAGAGCACAUCUACCCUCCCCGAGAUUGUCCAGAGGUUUUACGAAUCCAAGGAAACUCCCAAGGAGCAACUACAAAGGGUCAAGGGCAAAGCCGCCGAAAAAUCACCAGUGGAAGACACCAAACCCCUGGUUGCGAAGGCUGGUGAGCUCGAGGAGUUGAGCAGCAAGAUUCAGCAGGCUGGAGACCAGGUGAGGCAGUUGAAGGCAAGCAAGGCUGAAAAGUCUGCAAUUGAUGGCAGUGUUGCGGUCUUGUUAAAGCUCAAAGGCGAGUUCAAGAAACUUACUGGGAAGGAUUGGCAACCGUCAUCUGCUCCUCAGACCAAGUCUCAAGGGGCAGCUCCGCCGUCUUCAGCUGAUUUGGAUGCCAAGAUUCAAGCUCAAGGUGAAAAGAUCAGGAAAAUGAAGGCUGACAAAGUCACAAAGGAUGUUCUGGAUCCAGAAAUAAAAGAACUGCUGAGGCUGAAGGCAGACUACAAGUCCUCCACAGGCAUCGAGUGGAAGCCCGGAGUGAUGUCGCCAUCAGCUGCAGGAACUGGGGAUGCCGCUGCAUGCGAUGUGCAGAAUCUCGACAGGCAGAUUGAAGCGCAAGGCGACAAGAUCCGCAUGCUCAAGUCGAAUAAGGCAGCCAAGGAUGUCUUGGACCCCGAAAUCAAGCUUCUUUUCCAGCUGAAAGCAGAUUUUAAAUCUGCCACUGGCCAAGAGUGGAAGCCUGCCACUUCGCAGUCGGAGAACAGCUCUAAACCCUUGAAGCCUACAGAAAAGCAGAAGGAGCAAGCCGACAAGGCCAAGCCUGCGGCAAAGCCAAAAAAAGCAGCUAAAGAAAGUACUCCCACGCCACAGGAUGGUCCCAAGAAGAUCACGCGCCUGGGCCUAGAGGCCAAGAAGGAAGAGAACCUCCCUGACUGGUACUCGCAGGUCAUCACCAAGGCGGAGAUGAUUGAGUACUACGACGUGAGUGGCUGCUACAUCCUCCGUCCGUGGGCCUACAGCAUCUGGGAGAACAUCAAGGAGUUUCUUGACACCAGGAUCAGGAAGAUCGGUGUCCAAAACUGUUACUUCCCCAUGUUUGUUUCAGCUCAAGCUUUGGAGAGGGAGAAGACUCACGUAGCUGACUUUGCACCAGAAGUGGCCUGGGUCACCAGGUCGGGAAACAGCGACCUGGCAGAGCCUAUUGCCAUUCGACCAACGAGCGAGACCGUUAUGUACCCCUCGUACGCCAAGUGGGUGCAGUCGCACAGGGACCUUCCACUCCAGUUGAACCAGUGGUGCAACAUUGUGCGCUGGGAGUUCAAACAUCCACAGCCCUUCCUGCGGACCCGAGAGUUCCUCUGGCAGGAAGGGCACACUGCCUUUGCCACAAGGGAAGAAGCUGUGGAGGAGGUUUACAAGAUCCUGGACAUCUACACGGCAGUCUACGAAGAACUCCUUGCCCUCCCUGUUGUGAGGGGACGAAAGACUGAGAAAGAGAAGUUUGCUGGAGCUGACUUUACGACGACAGUCGAAGCCUACGUCCCAGCGAGCGGCCGUGGUAUCCAGGGUGCCACAUCCCAUCACUUGGGCCAGAAUUUCAGCAAGAUGUUUGAGAUUGUAUUUGAAGACCCUGAGACACGAGAGAAAAAGUUUGCCUUCCAAAACUCGUGGGGGCUGACUACGAGAACCAUUGGUGUGGUGGUGAUGGUCCAUGCUGACAACCAAGGCCUUGUACUCCCACCGCGGGUAGCAUGCUACCAGGUUGUCAUCGUGCCUUGUGGCAUCACUGCAGCCAUGUCAGAAGACCAGAAGGCUGCACUGAUCAAGUUCUGCCAGGACUUCGAAGCAACACUUGAUGUUGCAGGAGUUCGCUGCAAGGGAGACUACAGAGACAACUACUCUCCAGGCUGGAAAUUCAACCACUGGGAGCUAAAGGGUGUGCCCAUAAGGGUGGAAAUCGGGCCUCGUGACAUGCAGCAGGAGCAGUUUGUUGCAGUGCGUAGAGACACGGGGGAGAAGCUCACUUACAAGACCUCCACGGCGGUCAAAGAGAUGAAAGACCUGCUUGAGAACAUCCAGAAGUCCAUGUUUGACCGAGCAAAAGCAGACCAGCUCAAGUAUCAAGCAGUCACAAAGAGCUGGGGCCAGUUCCUGGAAAAGUUGGAUGGCAAGUGCCUCAUUAUGGCACCCUUUUGUGGUGACAUGGAGUGUGAGGAUGAGAUCAAAAAGAACAGUGCUAAGGACUGUCUAGAGACAGAGCCUGGAGCGCCAGCUAUGGGGGCCAAAAGCUUGUGCAUCCCCUUUGAGCAGCCGGCCAAGAUUGAAGCUGGAGACAAGUGCAUCAACCCAGGGUGUGCCAGGAAGCCCAGCGCUUACACCUUGUUCGGUCGCAGUUACUGAGCAUCUUGUUUUGUCACAAUGCCUUGGUGACUGUAUUUAUUUGAUCUGAGACAGUAAACAUCUUUUUUUACAAA